GACGCUAGUUACCGUGUUUCCAGCUACUUCACAGGAGUACAGUUAUGGCUUCGUACACAUUGGAGUGAAUUUCCAUUUUUUUCACACUUUCCUCUCAGUGUUGUCUCUUUAUUGUGUCCUUGUUUUAUGUGUCUGAACUAGCUCUUCUCAACAUGGUAACUUACUCUUUAAGUGAAACACUCAAUCACUAGCCCCCACAUUUGGAGUCUCUUUUGCUUCUCUUUUCUCGGUAAAACUUAAGGAAAUGGCCGUCGAGAUGAGAAAAUGUCUUCAUUUGCCAUCUAAAGCCCUUUGGAUCACAGUUUUGUUAUUGUCCUUGCUACACAAUUUUGAAGGGACUUCUUCAGCUUCAACAUACUUGAUUGGUCUUGGAAGCUAUGACAUAACAGGGCCGGCUGCGGAUGUUAAUAUGAUGGGAUAUGCCAAUGCAGAACAGAUUGCAUCUGGGAUUCACUUCAGGUUGCGAGCUCGUUCGUUUAUCGUCGCGGAACCGAAGGGAAACCGUGUUGUAUUUGUAAAUCUUGAUGCCUGCAUGGCCUCCCAAAUUGUUACAAUCAAAGUUCUUGAGAGAUUGAAAGCAAGGUAUGGAGACCUUUAUACAGAGCAGAAUGUUGCCAUUAGUGGCAUUCACACUCAUGCUGGACCUGGAGGAUAUCUCCAGUAUGUUGUGUACAUUGUCACAUCACUUGGAUUUGUGCGCCAGUCGUUUCAUGCUGUUGUUGACGGCAUUGAGAAAAGCAUUGUAGAAGCUCACGAGAAUCUUCGACCGGGAUCAGUUUUCGUGAACAAAGGAGAUCUCUUGGAUGCCGGUGUGAACCGUAGUCCUAGCGCUUAUCUCAACAAUCCUUCAUCUGAGCGGAGUAAAUACAAGUAUGAUGUUGAUAAAGAAAUGACUCUCAUCAAGUUUGUUGAUGAUUACUGGGGCCCGAUAGGUACCUUUAACUGGUUUGCCACUCAUGGAACUUCUAUGAGCCGUACAAACUCACUAAUAAGUGGUGACAACAAAGGGGCUGCAGCUCGAUUUAUGGAGGAUUGGUUUGAACAAAAUGGUUUUGGCAGUAGUUUGCAUGUCAAUAAGUCAGGAGCCAGCGAAAUCCCACGCAGGGUCUCGAGCUUAAUUUCGAAUUCCAAUGGAAAUAGAAAUGCAUUAAUGAAACUUGCUGCCUCUUUUCAGUCUUCCAAAGGACAGCCUGUGACAAGGCUUUUGAGUUCAGCAAAGAGGGUCAGGAAUGCUUUAAGUAAACCUGAAAAGCCUCAAUUUGUAUCUGCAUUCUGUCAAUCAAACUGCGGUGACGUAAGCCCCAACGUUCUCGGUGCAUUUUGCACCGAUACUGGACUUCCGUGUGAUUUUGAUCACAGUACCUGCAAUGGAAAAAAUGAAUUGUGCUAUGGCCGAGGACCAGGUUAUCCAGAUGAGUUUGAGAGUACUCGUAUAAUUGGAGAAAGGCAAUUUAGAAAAGCAGUGGAGUUGUUUGACAAAGCAACUGAGAAGGUGAAAGGGAAAAUUAGAUACCGCCAUGCUUACGUAGACUUCUCCAAGUUAAAGCUUUCAGUCCCUCAAGAGGAUGGGACUAACAAGGUGCUGCAAACAUGCCCUGCUGCAUUAGGAUUCGCAUUUGCCGCAGGAACUACUGACGGGCCUGGAGCUUUUGAUUUCAGGCAGGGAGAUGACCAGGGGAACGCCUUUUGGAGAUUGGUGCGGAAUGUGUUGAAAACACCAACUCAAGAGCAGAUCAAAUGUCAGCAUCCAAAGCCUGUUCUCCUUGAUACUGGGGAAAUGAAGGAGCCAUAUGACUGGGCUCCCUCAAUUGUUCCAGUUCAAAUUCUGCAGAUCGGGCAACUUGUCGUUCUGAGUGUACCUGCAGAGUUCACAACCAUGGCCGGCAGGCGCCUCCGGGAUGCUCUCAAAACAGUGCUAACUUCAGGUCGAAAUGGUGAUUUUGACAGAAAUGUGCAUAUAGUCAUAGCAGGGCUGACUAAUACAUAUUCUCAGUACGUCACCACCUUUGAGGAGUACCAGGUUCAGAGAUACGAGGGGGCCUCUACACUCUUUGGACCACACACACUUGAAGCUUACAUUCAAGAGUUCAAGAAGCUAGCGACAGCUCUAAUAAGCGAGCAAACCACCGAACCGGGGCCACGACCUCCAGACCUGCUUGCCAAGCAAAUCAGCCUGCUGGCCCCAGUUGUUGUGGACAUGACCCCUUCUGGUGUGAAAUUUGGGGAUGUCAAGACCGACGUCCCUCGAAACUCGACCUUCAAGAGGGGUAACAUGGUCUCGGUUACCUUCUGGUCUGCCUGCCCGAGGAAUGACCUCAUGACUGAAGGCACAUUUGCAUUGGUUGAGCUUCUCAAGGAUCACAAGACAUGGGUUCCAGCCUACGAUGACGACGAUUUCUGCCUCCGGUUCAAGUGGUCGAGGCCCCAAAAACUUAGUCCUCAAAGCUAUGCAACCAUUGAGUGGAGGAUCCCAGUAUCUGCACCACCUGGUGUGUACAGGAUGAGUCAUUUUGGCGCCUCAAAAGCACUUUUGGGAUCAAUUAGCCACUUCACAGGUUCUUCCAGUGCUUUUGUAGUGACAUAGGGAGCCUGCAAUGCUUUGUGCAAGUCCUUGUUCCAGUCAUACGAUUUUGUGUUCAUUCAAAAAAGAAAGAUACUUACGACAACCCAAAGGGUGAACAACGGCAUAUUCAGAACUAAAUAAGCUAUU